ACAAGUGUCUUUGCAAACAGCAAACCCUAUUCUUCCUUCUAUAUAUAAUAUGGACGAAUCCCAGAACCUCCUUACCUUCACAUUAUAUAUUUAUAAUAAUAACAAUGGAGAUGAAGUUGUUCAAGCUCUUCUUUGUGCUGCUCUUCCUCUUGGCUUCUCAAGAGAUGGUGGUGCCUGGGGAGGCAAGGGUUUGUCUGUCACCGAGCCACAAGUUUCACGGGACUUGCGUUAGAGGGCACAACUGUGCAGAGAUUUGUAGGACUGAAGGCUUCAGUGGAGGCGACUGCCAUGGAUUCCGUCGCCGCUGCAUGUGCUCUAGGCGCUGUUAGAUAUAUAUUUAUAUAAUAAUUGUGAAAAUAAAAGAAUUAAUGUUCUUCCCUGUAUAAGGGGGAAUAUUAUAUUUUAUUAUUAUUAUAUAUCAUGCAUGCUGAUUAUGUAUUGAUAAAUGA